UUCUUCUUCACACUCUCAUCACUUUCAAUGGACCCAAAUUCACACUCAAUCUUUUCCGGUGACACCACCGUAGACCCAAUCUUCUCCAACUUCACCCUCCAAUCUCUUCUCACUCUCAACCCUUCUUACUUCUCCGACAACUACCACCACAUUUUAACCGACGAUUCACCUCCUCUUCCUAACUUCCCUGAAUCCAUUGACCAAACACAAGAUCUUUUCAACAACGUUAACAAAAAACACUUCCUUGUUCCAAAACCAGAACACCCUUUUAACCUACCUUCAUUAGAAGAAUAUCUCCCAUUUCAACCACGACAACAACAACCCUUCAACUUCUUCCCUAAACACCUACCACCAUUUGAACCUCUCCACCGUCUUCCUCAACUCCGUUCACCGGAACCCUCCAACAGAAAACGUCUCCACCCAGAAACCACCCCAUCACCACCACCACCUUCUUCUUUGAUUCCACAAAGCAACUUAGCAAGACAAAGAAGACAAAAACUAAGCGAGAAAACACGCUGUCUUCAGAAACUAAUGCCAUGGGACAAGAGAAUGGAUCAAGCUACUCUUUAUGAAGAAGCUUACAAAUACGUUAAGUUUUUGCAGGCACAGUUAUCUGUUCUUCAAUCAAUGCCUUCUUACGGUGUCGGCUACGGCGGUGGUGGAACUACUGCUUCUGGUGGUGUUUUUGAUGACUUGGAGAAGCUGAAAAGAAACCAAGCUUUGCAGAUUCUGGUGAACUCACCGGUUGCACAAACAAAGCUUUGUGAACGAGGUUACUGUGUUUUCUCCAUGGAACAAUUCUCUCUGCUGAAGAAAUUAUCAGAAAAAAGACAACAACAAGAGAAUUUUUCUGAACAUGGUUCUUCAAAAACUUUCUUUCACUGAUUGAUUACCAAACAAAACAAAACAAAACAAAACGACACCGUUUCUUGUGUUCGUUCAAGUUUAACCCUUUUUUGCUUAGUGCUCUCUCGACCUGCUUCUGUCAAGCGAUAACUAUCUCUAAUGCUUAUUAUAGUGUAGUAAGUGCUUAAUGACUUAUGCGUUUUAAAUUAAUGUUUAAUGUUUGUUUUAUGGUUACUAAUUAAGUUUCUUUCUGUUAUCUGAGUAUCUUCAUUGUAUUUCUGGAUGUUUAACUUUAAUUAGUGACUCUUAAUUUUCAUAAC